GUGGUGGGACCCCAGACCCAUUCCAGUGGGGGGAGUGGGUGGGCUUUGCAGGCAGGGACGGGACAGGGACCGAGACCAACCCAUGGCUGGGUGUGAGCGUGUGGAAGGAAGGAGGGGAGGCCGGGCUAUGAAUCAGCAUCCGCUGCCUGGCCUGGUGCGGCCUGCCGGGACAUGCCGGCUGCUUCCCUGCAAAGGCUUCCUGCAGAACCUUCCCUUCUGCUUUAAAGGCCCCUCCCGUGCCCCUUUGGACCCCCGCCUGCCCCCCCCCCCGUGGCCCCCUUCCCUCCUGGCUGCGCUGGGCCCCAACCCGGGCUCCUCCUGGCCGGGCCCUGCUCCUCCUCCUCUGCCGCCCCCUCCCCCGCCAUGCCCCCGGCCGCCCUCCCCCACCAUGGACCCCCCCUGUGGGAGCCUCCUCCGGGGCAAGGCCUUCUUUGGCCGGGAGUGGGCGCUGGGCCGGCUGGCGCUGCUGCUGGAGGGGGGCGGCGGGGGGGUGCUGGUGACCGGGGGGCCCGGCUGCGGCAAGACCGCCCUCUGCUCCGAGGCGCUGUGGCCCUCCUCGCCGGCCGGGCGCCGGGCCGCCCUGGGGGAGAGCGCCUUGGCCUGGCACUUCCUCCAGCCCCACGACGCCGACACCCGCUGCCCGCGGGGCUUCCUCCGGCGCCUGGCCACGCAGAUCCAGCACUGCCCGCUGCUGCCGCCCGGGUCCCGAGAGCGCCUGAGCCGCGCCCUGCAGGAGAGGGGCCGCCACGAGGAAGACCCCGACGAGGCCUUCCGCAGAGCUGUGCUGUUGCCCUUGCUGGACCUUCCCCCGCCGCCCAGGCCCUUGCUGAUGGUGGUGGACGCGCUGGACGCGGGGAGGAGUGACCGGACGCUGGCGGAGGAGGAGGAGGAGGAGCGCGGCCCCCCGCCGGGGCCCAGCAGGACCAUUGCCUGCCUCCUGGGGAGCCACCUCCAGCUGCUGCCCCCCUGGCUGCUCCUGGUCUGCACCGCCCGGACCCACAGCAAGGGGGUGCUGGGCCUCUUCCCCAACUUUCAGCGGCUUUGCCUGGACGACCUCAGGCGGGAGCCAGUGGUGGGUGACGUCCAGCAGUACAUCCUGGCCCGCCUGGGGCGUGAGGAACUUCUUCGGCGGCACUUGACCCCGCAGACAGCCGAGGCCCUGAGCCAGCUGCACAUCAAGAGCAACGGCUGCCUGCUUUACCUGGAGCGGGUCCUGGACGGUGUGGCGGCUGAGCUGGUCACCCUGCGGGAGGCGUGCCACAUCCCCGGCACCCUCUUUGGCCUCUACCUCUGGCUCUGCCAGCGCCUCUUCCCCGGCCAUGGCUUCGCUCUUGUCCGCCCGCUGCUGGAGGCCCUCCUGGCCGCUCCUCGACCUCUGCGCCCGGGAGAGCUCUAUGCCGCCACCUGGACGCUCCGUCCUUCACCCCGGGAGGAGUUUGAGGCCCGACUGGGGGCCCUGAGGCCACUACUGCGAGAGGGGCCCGGUGGCACCUGUCUCUUCUUCCAUGCCAGCUUUGCAGAGUGGCUCUGUGACGUGAAGCACUGCACCCAGAAGUACCUCUGCCGUCCAGCCUUGGGUCAUGCGGCUUUGGCCAUGAGUGCCUCGUGCCGGGCCCCGACCCUGGGCCCUGAAGGUGUCCGUCAGCUGGCCCGGCACUUGCUGCAGGCGGAGCUGGCCCUGGAGCCCUGGCAGCUGGCCCUCUGGCUGCUCUGGUGUGGGGCACCCCUAGAGCGCUGCCUGGAGCCUGGUGAGCAACCACUGGAGCCUGACGUGCUGGAGCUGCUGGUGCUGGCAGGGGCCCAGCUGGGGGACAGGGGCCCGGGGCCCUCACUGCAGCAUGCCUUGGAGCGCGAGGACUCAGUCCGGCUGCUUUUGGAGAAUGGGGCCAGUGUCGACCAGAGGGACCUCAAUGGGAGGACGCUGCUGGCCAGUGCUGCCCACAGUGGCAACCAUGAGGUGGCAGGGCUGCUUCUAGCACACGGGGCACGCACCGAGACUCCCGACCGGCAUGGGCAGACCCCUAUGACCCUAGCUGCCCGCCAGGGCCAUACCAAAGUCCUGCUCUGCCUGCUGGCCAAUGGCGCUGAGGUUGACCGGCCGGACCGUGAAGGAUGGACAGCGCUGCGGGCGGCGGCCUGGGGUGGGCACAGUGAAGCUGUGGGGGUGCUGCUGAGGGCAGGCGCCAACGUGGAUUGCACUGACACUGAGGGCAGGACCGCCUUGCGAGCGGCAGCCUGGGGUGGGCAUGAGGACAUUGUUGCCACACUGUUGGAGCAUGGUGCUGAUGUCAACCGGGCCGACACCGAAGGAAGGACGGCACUGAUUGCGGCUGCCUACAUGGGUCACAGAGAGAUCGUGGCCCUGCUCCUGGCUCAUGGGGCUCAUGUGGACCACACUGACGUUGACGGCCGGACAGCACUUUCUGUCGCAGCUCUCUGUGUCCCAGCCAGCCGGGGCUAUGCCAAGGUGGUGGAGCUGCUCUUAGACUAUGGGGCCUCCCCAGGGCACGCCGACCGGGACGGGAUGACCCCUUUGUUGGUUGCUGCUUAUGAGGGCCAUGUGGAUGUGGUGGAGCUGCUGCUGGAGGCCGGGGCUGACGUAGACGAGGCAGAUUCCACGGGAUGCACCCCGCUCCUGGCUGCGGCCUCCAUGGGCCACCGUUCUGUGGUGGAUUCCCUACUGCUCUGGGGGGCGGCUGUGGACGUGCUGGACAGCGAGGGCCGGACGGCACUGGGGGUGGCAGCCGGGACGGGCAGCGAGGCAGCGGUGCGGGCGCUGCUGGCGCGGGGCCUGGACGAGAACCACCGGGACAGCCUGGGCUGGACCCCACUGCACCUGGCAGCCUGGCAGGGCCACGCUCGGACCUGUGCCACACUCUUGGAGGCUGGAGCACGUUCAGGGGAGCCAAACCGUGAUGGGCGGGUCCCGGUGAUGCUGGCCGCUCAGGAGGGCCAGACAGAGGCGGUGCGCCUCCUGCUAGAGCGAGGCUCCCCCAUCGACCGCCGGGGCCAUGAUGGCCUGUCAGCCCUGGCACUAGCCACACUGGGUGGUCACCGUGCCACUGCAGAGCUCCUUCUGCGCAAGGGGGCAGAGGCCAACCUCUUGGAUGCGGAGGGCCGGCCCAUGCUGUACCUGCUGGUGUUGGAGCGCCGAGCUGAGAUGGCGGAGCUGCUGCUGGAAAAUGGAGCCAGUGCGGAGGGGAGGGAUGCCCAGGGCCGCACCGCCCUCCAUGUGGCCUCCUGGCACGGAGAGGAGGAGAUGGCUCGACUGCUGCUGAACUACGGGGCCGAUGUGGAUGCCUUGGAUGGGGAGCGUCGUUGUGCCCUGCACCUGGCUGCUUGGCGAGGCCACGCAGGGAUUGCCCGCCUCUUGCUGGACAGGGGAGCCCAGCCAGACCAUGCUUGCAACCAAGGGGCCACGGCGCUGGGCAUCGCUGCCCAGGAAGGCCACACUGCAGUGGCCAAGGUCCUGCUGGAACACGGGGCCAGCCCCAACAUCCUGGACCAGGCGGGGCGCUCCCCAGCCAAUAUGGCCACCAGGCAGGGCCACCGGGCGGUGCUCCGGCUGCUGGAGCGGUGGCAGCGGGGCUCACCGGGCAACACUCCCUCCUCCUCAGGCUCCUCAGCUGGCAGCCCCCUCCCGGGGGUCAAGCACCAAGGCUCCCCUCCAGCCGCCUCCUUCCAUGGCUCCUCCUCCACCUUCCACUCUCUGGCCACGGCCCAAACGGUACCCCUCGACAGCGUGGCCUUUGCCCAGCAGAUCCAGCAGCAGUCUCUUCCCCGGAGGAACCGGGCCGUGAGUCCCCUGCAAGGCAAGCGCGGUGGAAAGGAGGAAGGGUCUGGGGAGGCCCUGCUCUCCAUCGACACUCUGGACUCCCACCUGCACCUCAAGGCUGCCAUCAAGCUGCAGUUCGAGGGCCCCACCUGUGGAUACGAAUACAAGCAGGAGACCCCUCUAUGACGGGCACUUGGGGGGGCGGUACAGUGGCACGGGAUUCCUGGGGUGACCCUGCAGUUAGGGAGAUUUGCUGAGGGGCGGCUUCCUGUUCCUAUUCUCAAGCAGAGAAAGAGAGGAAUUAACUCCAUCCAGAUGUCCCCCAACACUGAGGCAGAGGUGCCCCCCAAGAGGAGAGAAGAACAUCUGGAGGAAGGGAGGGUGUUGCAGGUGCCUUCCUUUGGGUUGGAAAUGGUGCCAAACCUUGCCUUAAGCAGCCCCUUCUGCCCCAUUCCAUGCUUGGGUCCAAAACUGGUCUCUAUAGGGUCUAUUGGCUCCGCGUUUUGCAAAAGGGAGAGCCCUCUGACUCCCGCCACCAAAUCCACUCUGAUUACACUAUGUAACACAGUAUUUUUUCCUGGGUUAUAAACGUUAUUUUCUAAUAGAGAUGUGCUUUCGGGACUUACUUUGUUCCGUUUCGUGUCCCAGCUUUUGUCAAGGCCUGGAACCGUUUUUUUUCUGAUCUCCCAAAAUUGUUUUGUUUUUGCUUUGUUUCAUUUUUUUGUUUUUUGGAGAGAGGGGGAGGUGCUGGCCAAGGCCACACCACCAGCCAGCACUGCUCAAACCUCUAACUUACACCCCUUCCCCGGCCAGGCCCAUGCGCAUAUUCCCAUAGCCAGCACCCAUAGGCCCAGACGUCAGGGCCUAUGGGUGCAGGCUUUGGGCCGGGCCUUGCAGGGCCUACAGCUGAUUGCCGAGUAAGGUAAUCUUACUUGGCAAUCGGCUGCAGUGGGCACAGCAAAGCCCAACCAAUUACCAAGAAUCACUUCUUGACAAUUGGCUGCAGGCCCAGUAAGGUCCAACCAAUUGCUGAGCAAGAAUCACUCCUUACUCAGCAAUCAGCUGCAGGCCCAGCAAGGUCCAACCAAUUGCCGAGCAAGAAUCACUCCUUACUCAGCAAUCAGCUGCAGGCCCAGCAAGGUCCAACCAAUUGCCGAGCAAGAAUCACUCCUUACUCAGCAAUCAGCUGCAGGCCCAGCAAGGCCCAACCAAUUGCCCAGCAAGAAUCACUCCUUACUCGGCAAUCGGCUGCAGGCCCAGCAAGGCCCAACCAAUUGCCGAGCAAGAAUCACUCCUUACUCGGCAAUCGGCUGCAGGCCCAGCAAGGUCCAACCAAUUGCCGAGCAAGAAUCACUCCUUACUCGGCAAUCGGCUGCAGGCCCAGCAAGGCCCAACCAAUUGCCGAGUAAGAAUCCUUACUUGGCAAUCAGCUGCAGGCCAAGCAAGGCCCAACCAAUUGCCGAGCAAGAAUCACUCCUUACUCGAAAAUCGACUGCAGGCCCAGCAAGGUCCAACCAAUUGCUGAGUAAGAAUCACUCCUUAUCGGCAAUCGGCUGCAGGCCCAGCAAGGUCCAACCAAUUGCCGAGUAAGAAUCACUCCUUACUCAGCAAUCGGCUGCAGGCCCAGCAAGGUCCAACCAAUUGCCGAGUAAGAAUCACUCCUUAUCGGCAAUCGGCUGCAGGCCCAGCAAGGUCCAACCAAUUGCCGAGUAAGAAUCACUCCUUACUCAGCAAUCGGCUGCAGGCCCAGCAAGGUCCAACCAAUUGCCGAGUAAGAAUCCUUACUUGGCAAUCAGCUGCAGGCCAAGCAAGGCCCAACCAAUUGCCGAGCAAGAAUCACUCCUUACUCAGCAAUCAGCUGCAGGCCCAGCAAGGCCCAACCAAUUGCCCAGCAAGAAUCACUCCUUACUCGGCAAUCGGCUGCAGGCCCAGCAAGGCCCAACCAAUUGCCGAGCAAGAAUCACUCCUUACUCGGCAAUCGGCUGCAGGCCCAGCAAGGUCCAACCAAUUGCCGAGCAAGAAUCACUCCUUACUCGGCAAUCGGCUGCAGGCCCAGCAAGGCCCAACCAAUUGCCGAGUAAGAAUCCUUACUUGGCAAUCAGCUGCAGGCCAAGCAAGGCCCAACCAAUUGCCGAGCAAGAAUCACUCCUUACUCGAAAAUCGACUGCAGGCCCAGCAAGGUCCAACCAAUUGCUGAGUAAGAAUCACUCCUUAUCGGCAAUCGGCUGCAGGCCCAGCAAGGUCCAACCAAUUGCCGAGUAAGAAUCACUCCUUACUCAGCAAUCGGCUGCAGGCCCAGCAAGGUCCAACCAAUUGCCGAGUAAGAAUCACUCCUUAUCGGCAAUCGGCUGCAGGCCCAGCAAGGUCCAACCAAUUGCCGAGUAAGAAUCACUCCUUACUCAGCAAUCGGCUGCAGGCCCAGCAAGGUCCAACCAAUUGCCGAGUAAGAAUCCUUACUUGGCAAUCAGCUGCAGGCCAAGCAAGGCCCAACCAAUUGCCGAGUAAGAAUCACUCCUUAUCGGCAAUCGGCUGCAGGCCCAGCAAGGCCCACCCAAUUGCCGGGCAAGAAUCACUCCUUACUCUGCAAUCGGCUGCAGGCCCAGCAAGGACCGGGUGCAUAGGCCAAAAGCCUGCACCCGUAGGCUAGGGAGCUUUGGGCCUAUGGGUGCAGGCUUUGGGCCUACACACCCAGGGCUUGCAGGGCCUAUAGCUGAUAGAUCUAAAAGCCAGGCUUGGAGCCGUUAUGAGUUCCUGCCUGCCUUUCAUUUUGAGUCAAUUUUUGUUUCGUUGAGGGUCUUUCUGUUUUGUGUCAUCAGAACUGACGAUACGAAACAGAAACACGAAUGAAACAAACGAAACAAAUCCCGUGCACAUCUCUAUUUUCUAAUUGAUUCUGUCAUGAAUAAUGUUUAAAACAAAGCUUCUUUUUAUUGCAUUUUUCAGUGCAAGGGGGUACAUCAGAACUUUACAAAACUUUUACACAAAGAGCGACAUGAGACAUACAGACAUACAGAUUCUAUGCAACUACAUUGGAUUCCACAACCUAUCUACACUUACAUUAGCAAACAAACAGACAAAGGGGAAUUACAGUUUUACUCAGCACUCACACACAUGUACAUGCAUUCACCCUCAUGCAUACAUCACAAUUUCUGCAUUUCUCUGUCCUUCCCAUGGAGCAGAGAGGCGGGUGAACAGCUCCACUGUCUUUCACACUUUUUGGAAUGUUAGAAGGUCUCUUAUAUAGCAAUAUUUCUUCCGACAUUGUCCCAAAGUUGUAAAUUGCUAAUAGACUUUUCCCAUCCUGGAACUUGUUGAUUCCAUCUCAGUUUCCUGGCAGAUGUUGACUCUUCUUGAUUGGUGUUGGUAGCAACGUAAGCCUUGUAUUGACUUCCUUCUUAACGUAAGGAAUCUUGUAAACAUUUCCUUAACUUAAAAGAACCAUUGUCUCUAAUUAAUGUAAACACGUUGUUUUUCCCCAAAAGUUCAUCAAGCCAGCAAACGUUGACAGAUGUAAACAGAUGUAAACAUUUCUCUUAUCACUGUCACAGUUCUUAUCACAGUUCAGCAACUUUUAAUUGCAGUUCAGCAAGCAGGCAGUUAGUUAUUGCAGGCUUUAAUAUUUUUGAAAGGUGUCUUCAGCCAAAUUAGGCCCCAUCCAUACACCUUUUUAUAAAAUUCACUAGCUGUGCCCGGCCACGCGUUGCUGUGGCGUAGUCUGGAAGGGAUGCCCGGCCAUUUCUUUUACUUCAAUCAAGCACUUGUCUGAUGAAAUGGGCCCCCAUUUGGACUUCAACUCCCAUAGUCCCAAAUAGCCGGUUAGGGAUUGUGGGAGUUGUAGUCCAAAUGGGGGCCCAUUUUGUCUGAGAAGUGCUUGAUUGUGCUUAAAGAAAUGGCCUUGCCGCCUUUGGAGGGUGUCAGGUAAGUAAACUGAGGCGUCUCUGAAGUAAUGGCGGCGUGGCUUUUUCCCUCCCGGCUCUUUUGCCCUCCGUCCCUCCUCCUGCCAGCGUUGCUUUCCCCUUUUCCAGCUUUUAAAAACUUAUUUUCUUUGAAUUCUGUCAGGGACUUUGCGAAAAGGACAGCGUGAAUGCUGGCAGGAGGAGGGAGGGAGGGCCAAAGAGCCGGGAGGGUAAAAGCUGUGUCCUUUUUGCAGAGUCUUUGACUGAAUUCAAAGAAAAUAAGUUUUCAAAAGCUGGAAGAGGUGGAAGCUUUCCUUCACCCAUUUCUCCUCUGCCUCGUUCACCUCCACAGUUUUGAGGACUUGCCGGAUGUGGUUGUGUAGGCCUAAUGUCCUCCUCCUUCGCGUUACGCAAUCCGCCGGCCCCGGUCAGUGCAGUAACAGUUUUCUAUGUUCGGUUGGGAUGCUCGUGCACUGCUGCCUGUCAUUGACAUUGGUUUUCCAAGGGUGGGGGCUCCUCCGCGCAUGCGCAUAGUGCAGUAUUCGGUUUUUUGGGGUUUUGAGUGACUUCCCGUUUGAAUUGUUGGGUUUUUUUGAUGUCUAAACACAGCUGGGAUGACCAUGUCUUUUGUGACCAAGUUUUGUGGGUUUUGGGUGUUUAGUUUUGCUGUUUACCUUAAAGCAGAAAUGGUCAGAACAUUUAUAUAUAUAUAUAUAUAUAUAUAUAUAUAUAUAUAUAUAUAUAUAUAUAUAUAUAUAUAGAUUAAUACUCACACAUAUAAAAUCCACAUUUAUCAAAUCUGCACAUCAUUUUAAUGCAACAGUUCUGUCAUAAAAACAUGGGGAAAGUUUAGCAAAAUGCCAAAACUUUGUUUGUGUGGGAUCUCCAGCAGCACCAUUUGCUCCAGUUUUUCAAUGAUCGAGUCUCAACCCAUUCGACACAGUUUGAGCCACGAAAACAAAGUUUCUGGAGUAGAGCAACUACAUUUAAAGUAACAGGAAUUGAACAGGAAAUAACACUUUCCAACCAGGAACCGAACAUGUUCUAAUUUGUGUUACAUAGUGUAAUGGGGAGCCCCGAAACUCAAAUAUUCCCAUGGUUGCGCAUGGGGCACUGGGUGGUCCAAUGGCACCAAAUGGAGGAAAUUGGCUUUUUUUGCGGGAUGGGAAACUCUGUUAUGGCUUGGCUCCAAGCAAGUGCAAGAUUUGCCUUGGAUGGUCUGCCCCCCCCCCUUCUUGGUUUGUGUUGGGAAGUGAGCUCCACCCCCCCCAUUCCUUAAAUGGGGUGGGGGCCCAGAGACCCGUGCCUGACCUCUAAAGGCAGUGGAAGUCUUUUAGGAGGGAGAAGGGGGAUUGGGGGUCUGUUCUGUUACAGCAAAAGGAAAGACCCCAGUCCGCUCCUGUGGCCCCCGCCCAUAAAGAGGGGCUCCUGUCAGCCACAGCGCCCCCUCUGCCGUCAUGCUGGAACCGCACUGCCUUCUUCCCUCCUGUCUUAAUCACUUCCAGGCCAAGUGACUUCAGAACCACUUGAAACCAAAAAAAGGAAAGUCCUGUUGGGGGAAGGGGGUGUCACCGGCCAUGGGGGGGGCUGUUGCCAUGAGGCGGAAGCCCCGCCCCUCUUCUGCCCCUCUUCUGCCCCUCCAAUUGCAAUCUGUGCCUAUUGAGUGGGGGGCAAUGGGGGGGGGCAUGCACUGACCGUCCUUGGCUGCCUUGUCUUGGCAGAACAGCCCUCGUCAGUAAAGAUCUCGUUCCGACACA